AUGGGUUCCUGGUAUCCCCAUGUUUCCGAUUGGGGCUUUUAUGACCCGAUAAAAUCAGGCAGCAUAGACGGGUCUGUGGGCGAUGACAUUCCACCACAUGACAGAGCCGUUUGCAGGGCGAAGGUUGCACAAUACCGACCCACAGAGGGUGCGUUUCCUGAACUGGUCUUCAAUUUGUGGAAGGAUGAGGAUCCCUCUAGUGUAAGUGAUGCCAAACUGCUUCAUGCUGUUUUAAAGGAUAGAGCUUCGGUUGACAGAACUCUGUGCAUAGUCGCAAAUUUAUUCCUGUGGUCUGCGUCUAAACUGUUGUUGAGAUGUUGUUUCCUUUUUCUGUGUCGUGGUGCACACCCCAUGUUACCCACGAUACCCCUCGCGUUCCCACCCCACCAGGUUUCUCUUUUCAUCGGUCGCCUUCACCCCAAAGUCGAAUGCGAUGAACUUCGAUCUGCACUCUUCCGCCUCCUUAGAGAAGUUAAAGAGGAGCGUCGCAGUCGCCGCCAUCGUCGGAGUAAACGGCCGCGUUCACGUUCUCCUUUUGCUGACACAGGCAGCGAAAGCCGCGAUCACGUUGCCUCGCUUUGGCCUCUGGUCCGCAUCAUUAAAGACCCCAUCACAGGUGAAUCGCGUAGGUAUGCCUUCGCCUGGUUCAAGUCAGCUAAGGACACCCAGCGCGUCCUAAUGGCAUGGCGGGAGUCGAAUGCGUUUUGGAAGCAGCCCUCUGGUGACCGACGAACACGUAUCGACCUGAGUCGGAUUUUCGGUGACAUGGCUGGGUGGGAACAGAUGAUACUGGAGCCUUCCUUCAGUCGAAGCCUCCCAGGUUGGAAGCCGCGUCGCCUCGGAGGUGGACUGGGUGGCCGCAAGGAGUCCGGCCAACUUCGAUUCGGGGGGAUCGCUCGACUAUUCCGACGUCCAUUCAGGAGUUUCAGUGAUCAGGACGCCUAG